GACAGUGCAGAACUGUUAACAGCGCUGCUGCAUGGUGGAGCUGACAUUCAGCAAGUCGGGUAUGGAGCUUUGACAGCCCUUCACAUUGCUACAAUCGCCGGUCAUCAUAAGGCAGUUGAUAUUCUUUUGCAGCAUGGAGCUUACGUGAAUGUUCAGGAUGCAGUUUUUUUCACCCCUUUGCAUAUUGCUGCAUACUAUGGCCACGAACAGGUAACCCACCUCUUACUAAAGUUCGGAGCUGAUGUGAAUGCAAGUGGUGAAGUUGGAGACAGACCUCUCCAUCUGGCUUCUGCCAAAGGCUUUCUCAACAUUACGAAGCUCUUGAUGGAAGAGGGAAGCAAAGCUGAUGUGAAUGCUCAGGACAAUGAAGAUCACGUUCCUCUGCACUUCUGCUGUCGAUUUGGACACCAUGAAAUUGUAAAGUUCUUACUGCAGAGCAGCUUUGAAGUUCAGCCCCAUGUGGUGAAUAUCUACGGAGACACACCUUUGCAUCUUGCAUGUUACAAUGGCAAGUUUGAAGUUGUCAAGGAAAUAAUUCAGCUCUCAGGAACAGAAAGUCUCACUAAAGAAAAUAUAUUCAGUGAAACGGCUUUCCACAGUGCUUGCACCUAUGGAAAGAACAUAGAACUUGUAAAAUUUCUUCUUGACCAGAAUGUUGUGAGCAUCAAUCACCAGGGAAGAGAUGGACACACAGGAUUACACUGUGCUUGCUACCAUGGUCAUAUUCGACUUGUACAGUUUUUACUGGACAACGGAGCUGAUAUGAAUCUGGUAGCUUGUGAUCCCAGCAGGUCCAGUGGAGAAAAGGAUGAGCAGACCUGUUUGAUGUGGGCUUACGAGAAAGGUCAUGAUGCCAUUGUGACCCUUCUGAAGCACUAUAAGAGACCUCAAGAUGAAUCACCUUGUAACGAAUACUCACAACCUGGAGGAGAUGGUUCCUAUGUGUCGGUUCCAUCCCCUCUAGGAAAGAUUAAAAGCAUGACUAAAGAAAAGGCAGAUGUUCUCCUCCUCCGUGCUGGUUUGCCAUCACAUUUCCAUCUUCAGCUCUCUGAAAUAGAGUUCCAUGAGAUUAUUGGCUCAGGGUCUUUUGGAAAAGUAUAUAAGGGACGAUGCAGAAAUAAAAUUGUUGCAAUCAAACGCUAUCGAGCCAAUACCUACUGCUCCAAAUCUGAUGUGGACAUGUUCUGCCGUGAAGUUUCCAUUCUCUGCCGACUGAAUCAUCCGUGUGUUAUCCAGUUUGUGGGAGCUUGCUUAGAUGACCCAAGUCAGUUUGCCAUAGUCACUCAGUAUAUUUCUGGAGGAUCACUCUUCUCCCUGCUUCAUGAACAGAAGAGAACUCUUGAUCUGCAGUCUAAAUUAAUCAUUGCUGUAGAUGUUGCCAAAGGCAUGGAGUACCUUCACAAUCUCACCCAACCAAUCAUACAUCGUGAUUUGAACAGUCACAAUAUUCUCCUGUAUGAGGAUGGUCACGCAGUUGUUGCUGAUUUUGGAGAAUCUAGAUUUUUGCAAUCUCUGGAUGAAGACAAUAUGACAAAACAACCUGGGAACCUACGCUGGAUGGCCCCUGAGGUGUUCACCCAGUGUACAAGGUAUACCAUAAAAGCUGAUGUUUUCAGCUAUGCUUUGUGCCUCUGGGAGCUGUUAACAGGUGAAAUUCCAUUUGCUCACCUGAAACCAGAUUGGGGGAAGGUCAGCAGGGAGGACAUUACAGUGGGAGUCUGCGAUAGGCCACCCGACCAGGAUGAACAGGCAGACGAGGCAUUCUACAAGAGGCUGUCAGAAGUCUCACAGUUGCUGGCCCUUGUUCUUGUGGGCAACUUCAACUUGCCAGAUAUCUGCUGGAAAUACAACAUAGCAGAGAAGAAGCAGUCUAGGAGGUUCCUAGAGUGUGUGGAAGAUAGCUUCCUAACACAACUG